AUGAUAGGCCGGGGAUUGAGGGUGGGGGUGUUAGCAUUGCUUUGUUUUCAUGUCCUUGUAGGGAGUGUGGUUCUCGCUAGAAAUUUGAAAAUUGAGGAUGAGAAGUUUUUGUUUAAGGGAGGAGGAUUUGGUGGUGGUUUUGGCACUGGUGGAGGUGUUGGAGGUGGAUUUGGUGGUGGGGGUGGUGGAGGUUUUGGUGGUGGUGAUGGAGGUGGUAUUGGUGGUGGAGCUGGUGGUGGGUUCGGAAAGGGUGGUGGAAUAGGUGGUGGAAUUGGGGGCGGUGCAGGAGGCGGGGGUGGUAUAGGUGGAGGCAUUGGUAAAGGUGGUGGUAUUGGAGGCGGUAUUGGUGGUGGUGCAGGAGGCGGUAUUGGUGGAGGAGCUGGAGGUGGCAAAGGAGGAGGAAUUGGCGGUGGUGCAGGAGGAGGAAUAGGAAAGGGUGGUGGCAUUGGUGGAGGAGUCGGUGGUGGUGCUGGAGGUGGAAUCGGAAAAGGUGGUGGCGUUGGAGGUGGUAUAGGCAAAGGUGGCGGCAUUGGUGGAGGAGCUGGAGGUGGAGUCGGUGGUGGUGUUGGAGGUGGAAUUGGAAAAGGUGGGGGAAUUGGCGGUGGUAUUGGCAAAGGUGGUGGUGUUGGUGGCGGCAUUGGCGGGGGAGCUGGUGGUGGUGUUGGAGGUGGUAUUGGCAAGGGUGGUGGCAUUGGAGGCGGAAUCGGUAAAGGUGGCGGCAUAGGUGGAGGAAUAGGCGGUGGCGUUGGUGGAGGUGCUGGAGGAGGAAUUGGCAAGGGUGGUGGCUUUGGCGGAGGAAUUGGUGGCGGUGCAGGAGGAGGAGUUGGUGGAGGUGCCGGUGGUGGUUUAGGUGGAGGAUUUGGUAAGGGUGGCGGCAUUGGUGGAGGAUUUGGUGGUGGUGCGGGAGGAGGAGUUGGUGGUGGCAUUGGAGGAGGUGCCGGAGGUGGAUUUGGAGGCGGAUUUGGGGGAGGAGGUGGUUUAGGUGGAGGAGCUGGAGGUGGUUUUGGUGGAGGAGGUGGUGGUGGUAGUGGAAUUGGAGGAUAUCACUAAACAUCCUCUUGUUAAUGAAUUUAAACACAGAGUUAAGCAUGUAUACCAUUGCUAUUGUCAUUAAAUUUUCGAAAUUAUUAUUCAUGAGUAUUAUAUGAAAUGAAAUCAAAUUUCUUCUUCUAUUCGUUAAUAAUAUGCUUACAUGCAACAUUCUCUUCCUUU